AUGGGUUCUGAGCGUGAGAACAAGACGUUCCUCGCGAGGCUCUGCGAGCAGGCCGAGCGCUACGAUGAGAUGGUCAGCUACAUGAAGGAAGUCGCCAACAUUGGUGGCGAGCUUACUGUCGAUGAGCGUAACCUCCUGUCCGUCGCUUACAAGAACGUUGUUGGUACCCGCCGUGCCUCCUGGCGCAUCAUCUCCUCCAUCGAGCAGAAGGAGGAGUCCAAGGGCUCUGAGGAGCACGUAACCAUCAUCCGCGAUUACCGCCAGAAGAUCGAGACUGAGCUGGAGAAGGUUUGCCAGGAUGUCUUGGACGUUCUGGACGAGUCCUUGAUCCCCAAGGCCGAGACUGGCGAGUCCAAGGUGUUCUACUACAAGAUGAAGGGUGACUACCACCGUUACCUCGCUGAGUUCGCCUCUGGAAACAAGCGCAAGGUUGCCGCUACUGCCGCCCACGAGGCCUACAAGAACGCCACCGAUGUUGCCCAGACUGAUCUCACCCCUACCCACCCCAUUCGCCUUGGUCUUGCCCUGAACUUCUCCGUCUUCUACUACGAGAUCCUCAACUCGCCUGACCGCGCCUGCCACCUCGCCAAGCAGGCCUUCGACGACGCCAUUGCCGAGCUUGACUCUUUGUCCGAGGAGAGCUACCGCGACAGCACUCUCAUCAUGCAGCUCCUGCGUGAUAACCUUACCCUCUGGACCUCGUCCGAUGGCAACGAAGGUGCCGAGGGUGCCGCCCCCAAGGAGGACAAGCCCGAGGAGGAGGCCGCUGCCGCCCCUGCCGCCGAAGAGAAGGCAGAGGAGGCCGAGCCUGUCCAGGCUGCGUCUUAA